UAAAUCUGAUACGAAUGUGUGUAUGACUGGAGGGCUAUAGGAAAAGGGCCCCCCAUAGUUAUAUAAAGGAUAGGUAGACAGGAAUUCCUUUUACAUCUUAGGUAAUGCUGAUCGUCUCAUAAGAAACCAUUCUACAAGAACAUUAGGUUACUGCAGUUCAUAAAGACAUGUUGUGGGAACUGUAAUCAUCUACUGAUAACGAAAAAUAGCUCAUACCAGCAAUCAUACAAUUGGUUCAUAGGGACACCGCCCGUUGAAAACAGAGUACUGAGCAUGCGUAGAACGUGAUACUCUUAUAUAAUAGUAUGUUGCAAUGCGCGUAAUAGUAAGCGCGCACAAACAGUACUUAACUAUAACUAGUGCUGUUCAUGAGGAAAUGGCUACAAGCCAUCCAAUCAUAAUGAAGCUCAUGACUGAGCAUCCCCAGGAUGCAACAAGAUGAUGGGUGGAGUUAUGGGCAUAUAGGCAGAGGAUCUUUCCCAUUUGGUUGGGACUGUUCCACUGCUGACGAGCCGUGUGAUGUGUAUGCGCUGCCUCCUGAUGAAUCGCUGGUCCCCCGAUAUGGAGUGAUGAUGCAAUAUCCGGUAAUGUAUUGAUUCUUACUCUAUGAUUGAUUUAUCCACGAUUUCACUGUAUACUCUAGAAAACUGUAUAGUGACCUAAGUAUUCAUAUAAUAAAUCAUUAAUAACAGAGAGAAGUUGUAUGCUGUGUGUUUCCUAGUUGGGAAGCUAGUGAGAGGAAAGGUGAGGCCUUAGCAUCGCCAAAAACAUGGCAAUACAUUAAUUGGCGACGAGGAUGGGAUUUGACCUUUUAUAACAUAUUGUUUGGGGCAGGGGAAUCCAGGGGAGUAAUUUGUAGAAAUUUGGCAUGUUGCCAGAAGUAAGGGGCAAUUGAUACAUAAGCUCGUAAAAUUGCCCCUGAAGGAUAUUUUGACUUGAAACUUGGUAUCUGAACAAAUCAUCCGGUAAUGCACCGAUUAGAUUAAGACAGGAGUAGGAAGCUCCUCCUUUCCAGUUUCAAAGCAAAAUAUCUUGGAAACUAAAAACAAUUUAUCUGUCGGAGGUUGUCUUAAAACGUUCCAAGUAACAAGGGACACCUCUGAGCACAGCCCCACCCAUUUUGGCAAAAAGCCAAAAAUAUAACAGUAUGUUUAAGAAAAAGGCCAAAUCCCAGAAAGAACCCGUGGAGAUCCCCGGCUGGACCGAGGCUCCCUAUAAUAUAAUAGCAACAGAAUUAGCUGGUCACGGGUUAGCGGAAUCAUGGGAUAAACAGUUAAAAGAAUCAAAUCCGGUGGAUGUAGUUCAAGUACUUGAGAAACUCCCAGCGAAAGCUGGUGAUGCAGUUACCCUGGCUCGAAGGAGCUGGGUGUUGGCAUCUGCAUAUCGUGGAGUGCACAGCGAUUGCAGAAGGCAAUUCAAGAUCAGAGGCGCGCGGAACAGGCUCCGUUGGAAGCCGAGGGGCGUGCUCUGAUGUUGGAAUGUAGUGGAAAACUGUUGAAAGACAAGUUGACCCACUAUCAGACUAUAGCAGAGAACUCUGCUGUAUACAUAGCGGCGAAUAAAUAUAAGAAAAGAAGGGGUAGGAUUAACAAGAAUAAAGUUUAUAAACAUAUAGCUGCCGCUAGUGUGGAUCGGGACCCUAGUAGAUGGGAUGGGGAUAUCUGGAAUUCAGACUCGGAUGAUUGGGAUGAUUGUCCCGAUGGUCCUGAUUGUCCUGAUCCAGUGAUGGAUCCCCCAUCUGCUAAGGCAUUUCCGGUGCUACGUAGGAAGGAAAAAACUACCUUAGGACCGGAAAUAAGGGAAAAAAAUAGGGUAAGAGUGUGGCAUACAACCCUCGGUUGUCUGCUACACUCACAGCAGAAGGGGAUGGCAUGAGUAGUCAAUAUGCGGAACUCAUGGCUGUUUUCCUUGCCCUGAAAAAAGAACAGGGAGAUCAAUGUCAUAUUUUCACAGACUCAUGGUCGGUAGCUAAUGGCUUGGCUACUUGGUUAAUGGGCUGGAAAAAACAUGAUUGGGUUAUACAUGGAAAGGAAAUCUGGGGAAAACAAAUUUGGCAGGAAAUAGAGGAGAUAGAACUAACACUACUGUUUUCCAUGUUGAUGCUCAUAUGCCGAUAGACUCUCUUGAACGUUUGUUUAAUUCCCAAGCAGAUGCGGCAACGGCCAUAUCCACUAUAUCCAAGUCAGAGGAUAGAGAGACUGAGUCAUGGCUGGAAGGUACAGCCGUUUGGGCUCACCAAAAAAGUAGACAUCUUGGAGAAAAGGCCACUUACAGAAUCCACUAAGACAUUGUGGCAGCGCCCUUGGUCUCCUUGGUAUCGUGUGGUUGGCAUCCUACGCAGACGGUAAUACACCCGGACACAAGCUGAGCCUGGCUGAAUCCAGAAAUUGGACGUGGGGAUGGAGAAACUAUUCUAAAACCAGGAAAUAGGACAGUGUUACAUGUGAAGCCAAUUGACUCUGCAUUUGUUCUUUGCAAACCCUACAGCAGCAACAACAGAAAGGGUUGUUCCAAACCAUGUUGUUGACGGGGAAUGAGGAAGUUUGGAGGACCGUGUUUAACUCUUUUGUAAGGGAAAAACACUGGCUGGACACCAAAGCGCCUAAAAUAAGGUGUAAUGAUACGUCCUGCACCGGUAAAUUGGUCUACUACAAUGUGACUAAAAGUAAUAUAAUGUGUAAGUUUGUAGUAUUACCAAUGUUAAAGGGCCCAGAAGGUAAUCAACAUUUUUGGGUACCUACAUUUUAUGGACAAGUAAUUGAUAGCAAUAAUAGCACACAUGAUUUAACUUUCUGUGAUGACACUCUUGAAGGUAAAAUCUGUAAGUUACAGUCUGCUGUAUAUGAGCCUUGCUUGUUACAGAACACUGUAAAUAAAUGCGAGUGGGCCAUAAUGCCUACGUCAUACCGAUGGAUGGUUGAAGUAGCACCCCAGGUGAUAUGCGUAGUGACAGAUCGUCAGGUGGUCCCUAAAAUGAGGGUGCCUUUUGCAGGAUGCAUACACAACAUCACGGUUAUUCAAUGGGAAAAUGAAACUUUUAUGUUAAAUCCAGAUAAUGAGCUAAGCACCAAGGUGUUAUGGCAAGACACGGCUUUAGAAGUCCCUAAUUGGGAUCUAAAUUUGACUAGACUGAAAGCAAUUACAAAUUUGAACAGGAGUAUCACGGGACACAAGCUCUUUACUACGGUAGUGUCUGAUAAAAUAGUAAAAGUAGGAUCCGCCAUAGCGGACGCUACAUCCCAUCAUUGGUGGGACAUAUUCAUGGGGUAUUCCCCAUCAGCCAGGACUACCAUGGAUUGGGUGGUUCACCCCUUGUUGGUAGUCAUGAUAGUAGUAAUUGUACUAUGUAUUUGGAAUUGUUAUGUAGCCUAUGGUAUAUGUUGUAAAAAACGAAAAAUGAUAAUGGUUUCCUAUACCAACGGUCAGCAUUAAGGACCGAAUGUGAUGUAAAUCUGAUACGAAUGUGUGUAUGACUGGAGGGCUAUAGGAAAAGGGCCCCCCAUAGUUAUAUAAAGGAUAGGUAGACAGGAAUUCCUUUUACAUCUUAGGUAAUGCUGAUCGUCUCAUAAGAAACCAUUCUACAAGAACAUUAGGUUACUGCAGUUCAUAAAGACAUGUUGUGGGAACUGUAAUCAUCUACUGAUAACGAAAAAUAGCUCAUACCAGCAAUCAUACAAUUGGUUCAUAGGGACACCGCCCGUUGAAAACAGAGUACUGAGCAUGCGUAGAACGUGAUACUCUUAUAUAAUAGUAUGUUGCAAUGCGCGUAAUAGUAAGCGCGCACAAACAGUACUUAACUAUAACUAGUGCUGUUCAUGAGGAAAUGGCUACAAGCCAUCCAAUCAUAAUGAAGCUCAUGACUGAGCAUCCCCAGGAUGCAACAAGAUGAUGGGUGGAGUUAUGGGCAUAUAGGCAGAGGAUCUUUCCCAUUUGGUUGGGACUGUUCCACUGCUGACGAGCCGUGUGAUGUGUAUGCGCUGCCUCCUGAUGAAUCGCUGGUCCCCCGAUAUGGAGUGAUGAUGCAAUAUCCGGUAAUGUAUUGAUUCUUACUCUAUGAUUGAUUUAUCCACGAUUUCACUGUAUACUCUAGAAAACUGUAUAGUGACCUAAGUAUUCAUAUAAUAAAUCAUUAAUAACAGAGAGAAGUUGUAUGCUGUGUGUUUCCUAGUUGGGAAGCUAGUGAGAGGAAAGGUGAGGCCUUA